UCAGUGAUCGGUGAGCCGAGUUAGCAGCCAGACGCACCACUUCUCCAGUCUAGCAAGGAAACAACUUCAUCACCAUGAAAGCCGUGAUCCUCAUCCUCGCCGCCCUGGUGGCCCAGUCCACUCAGCAGUGCUCCAACACUCCCACGUACACGGAAAAGAUCGAUCCCGUCGUCUGUCCCAAGGCGAACAUUCUGCUUCCGAACUACGAGAACGUCCAGAACUACUACAGUUGCUCCCUGGCCAGCAACAACAGCUAUAUUGUCACCCCGCUCGAGUGCGGCACGGGCACCUACUUCAGCUACGUGCUGCAGUCGUGCCAGGCCUGCUCCAGCUACCUUCCGACCGCCAAGUGUGGAAGCCUGCCCUACAACGCCUCGUGUGUGGCCAUGGACUCCGUUGCUCCCACCACCACCACCGAGGCGCCCGGCGAGUCCACCACCUCCUCCACGACCACCACCACCGUGGCUCCCACCACCACCACCACCGAGGCUCCUGGCGAGACGACCACCACCAGCGCGCUGCCCGAGCCAUCCACCGAGUCACCGGCCACCACCACCACCAACAGCGACGACAUCAUCACGCCCUCGGGAACCACCGUCAGCGUGCCCCAGCCUCCAUCGCCCACCGAGAACGAUGGUGUGCCCACUCCGGUGACUCCUGCGCCCACUGCUCCCAACCUCAACGACCAUCCCCCGACGGCGAACGCCAUCCCCAGCGCCCGGUAAACUUGCCACGAUCCAAGUCCCACAAUCUGCGGCUCAUCGCGGAGGAACUAUCUUUACCUUCAAACAGACCGAGAAUAAAUUCAAAUACGUGAAAAUGUAAACCUUCGAGACACCUGCUGAGAUCCCAUAAAACUGUACGUUUACAACAA